AUGGCAGAACGAGGAGGAUUUGGUGGCCCGAGAGGUCGUGGAGAUCGUGGUCGUGGACGUCGGGGAGCUCGCCGUGGCCCUAAGAAUGACGAGCAAGUGUGGCAGCCAGUGACGAAGCUGGGAAGACUUGUAAAGGAUGGAAAGAUCAAGUCGAUUGAGGAGCUCUACUUGUUCUCGCUGCCCAUCAAGGAGUACCAGAUCAUCGACAUCCUUCUGCCCAAGCUCAAGGAUGAAGUCAUGAGCAUCCACCCCGUACAGAAGCAGACUCGCGCCGGUCAACGUACUCGCUUCAAGGCGUUUGUCGCUAUCGGCGAUUUUGACGGCCAUGUCGGGUUGGGCGUCAAGUGCGCCAAAGAAGUCGCAACAGCCAUCCGAGGCGCCAUCAUCCUCGCCAAACUGUCCACCGUACCCGUCCGUCGAGGCUACUGGGGUGCCAAGCUCGGUGAACCCCACACUGUACCUUGCAAAGUCAGCGGAAAGACCGGUUCGGUCUACGUCAAGCUCGUGCCUGCUCCUCGCGGUACCGGACUCGUCGCUGCACCGGCUUCGAAGCGAAUGCUCCAGCUUGCCGGUGUGGCCGAUUGCUACACCCAGUCGAGAGGUAACACAUCGACGAUUGGCAAUUUCAUCAAGGCCACUUAUGCUGCCAUUACCGCGACUUAUGCCGUGCUCACACCCGACUUGUGGCCUCAAUUCGCGCUCAGCCAGCCGCCAGUGGACGAAUUCUCGUCUUACCUGGCCCUGACGAGCAAGAAGCCUACCUACUAGGUUGCUAUGUACUCCAUGCAGUCUCUUUUGACAGACACAGGGCUAGUACAAUCAAGCAUUACAUUCUCGUUCCCAGUCUGCU